AUGAGCGAUACUACAUUGAGCUAUCAGCUCGCCAACCACUACGCCAAUGAAGAACGCAAUUCCGAUAAUGACAUGGAUGAGAUUAAAUUAUUCUGGCAACAAAGUCUCUCAUCUCUAGAGCCGUUUCAAUCUCUUGCAGGUCAAAUUCAGACUUGUAUUUCCAAGAUCAUAGAUGACCGAACUGCUGUCAGCGAGGAGGAACUCCAUCUCGCCCUGAUACACACCAAUCUGGCCACAAUCGCCUUCGCUGACCAUCAGAGGAACGUGAUAAAGGUGCUGCAAAAGAUGAAGGGACGAUACAACGAAGACAUCAAAAGCACUGGAUACCUGGUCGGAUUCGCGUUUCUAGUUAUUGCGACAGUAGGAGCUACAAUGACAGGUGGUUUGAGCACUCCAUGGCUCCUAGCUGCCGCUGCCUCCGGCUGUGGGGGUCUUGGCGUUGGCGUUGGUAUCGACCAGGGUCUCAAAGUCUAUAGCAAAGAGCUUACAGUCCGCAGGUUCGAAAAAACAAUCGACGAACUUGUGGACGCACUCAAGGACGCCAAACUUGGACUUGCUUCCAUUUAUUGCUCUGACAUCCUUCAGAUGCCGCUGCGGUUAAUGGGAGCUCGUGAGAGAGUAGAGAUUCUGAAGAGUCUUAGCAUCGAUAUGAAAGAGCUGAAGCAUGAGAGUUUUUACAAUCAGGAACUCAUUGAGCUGCGAAUAGGGAGAUUUAAUAAGGCUUAUACGAAAUUUGACAAUGAGCGUGAAGCAGUCAAACAGGAUACCAAGUUGAAGGAGUUGAUUGAACCUAGACCAAAUAGUGCUAAUUGA